AAAUUACGCUCCCAACCCUUUCCCUAAACGCCACUUCGCAGCCCAAAAUUUACACUUCUUCUGCUACUGCCGCUGCCAUUUCUGCUUUCAUUUUGCUUACUUUCAAGAUAUGGGUAAGCUUCCUUGUUCUUUUAUUCUUCGUUCGGUUGUUAAUGCUGGAAGCCAUCUUUCUAAUUUCCACUAUUUUUCUUCUUCUUCUAGCACUAUUGCUACCCACAUCGAAUGCCUAAGUAAGAAACCCAUGUCCAUGCCUGUUAGAGGAAAGGGAAAAAGAGACCACCGCUUCGAUAAUGUUGAUCAUGCUUUGAGUUUGGUCAAUAUGAUGAUUGAAAAGUACCCAAAGCCUUCAAUUGUGGAAUUCACUAAAUUAUUAGGAGCCAUUGUUAAGAUGAAACAUUAUGCCAUUGUUGUUUCUAAGUAUAGACAGAUCGAAUUAUUGGGAGUUUCCCACGAUAGUUAUUCUAUGAGCAUCUUGAUUAAUUGCUUUUGUCAAUUAGGUCGAAUUGAUUUUGGGUUUUCUGUUUUGGGGAAAUUGCUGAAGUUAGGUGUUGAACCUAGUGCUGUAACUUUUUCAACUUUGAUUAAUGGGCUUUGUAGUCAAAGUAAGAUUUCUGAGGCCGUUUGUAUGUUCGAUGAAAUGACUGAAAAAGGGUAUCAACCUAAUUUGAUUGUUUACAGUACAAUGCUUAAGGGGUUGUGUAAGACCGGUAAUAUUGGUAGAGCUGUUAGGUUUCUAAGGUUGAUGGAAAGCAGAGGUUAUGAACCCAAUAAUGUAGCAUAUAGCACCGUCAUUGACUGCCUUUGUAAGAACGGUUUGUUACAGGAGGCUCUUGAUCUCUUCUCCGAACUGAAGGUUAAAGGCAUUAGACCAGAUAUCUUUACUUACAAUUGCUUAAUUCAUGGUAUGUGUAAUUUGGGCCAGCAGGAGGAGGCAACAAGGCUUUUGAAUGAAAUUGUUGAUAACAAUAUUUCACUUGAUAUUGUCACAUAUAAUUUACUGAUUGAUGCUCUUUGCAAGGAAGGAACGAUUUCUAAAGCUGUAGAGACCGUUGACAUGAUGAGAAAGCAAGGCAUUGAGCCUAAUGUUGUCACGUAUAAUACAUUGGUUGAUGCGCAUUGCAAGGAAGGGUUGGUCUCUGAAGCUGAGGAUAUUGUUGACGCAAUGAUAAAGCGAGAAAUCGAGCCUGAUGUUGUUACCUAUAAUACAUUAGUUAAUGGUCAUUGCUUGCAGAACAAAAUGGAUAAAGCUAGAAGAGUUUUCAACUUGAUGAUUGAGAAGGGUUGUGCACCUGAUAUAGUUACUUACAACACCAUGAUCAAUGGAUAUUGCAAAGCUAAGAGGUUAGAUGAAGCAAUGGAACUCUUUCAUGAAAUAUCUCAAAAGGGACCAAUCCCGAAUAUUGUCACAUACAGCACUCUCUUGCAAAGUAUGUUUCAGUUAGGGAGAGUUUCAACUGCAUGUGAACUUUUUAGAAAGAUGCUUGCUUCUGGACAAGUUCCAGAUAUAGCGACCUGUUUGAUUUUGCUGAAUGGUUUAGGCAAAACAGGUCAUAUUGAGGAGGCAUUGAAACUUUUUCAAGCAAUGCGAAACGGUGGGUUGGAACUUGAUAUUGUCCCAUAUAAUAUCCUAAUUGAUGGGUUGUGCAAAGCUGGGCAUAUCGAAUUUGCCAAGGAAUUAUUUCAUCAACUCUCAGACAAUGGUUUAAAACCGAAUGUUGUCACAUAUCGUAUAAUGAUUAAUGGACUGUGUAAAGAGGGAUUGCCAGAUGAAGCAUACAGGUUGUUUGGGAGCAUGGGAGAUAAUGACUGUUUGCCUAAUAGCUGCUGUUAUAAUGUAAUGAUUCGGGGGUUCCUUCGCAACAGCUAUACUUCAAAGGCUACGAAGCUUCUUAUGGAAAUGGUUGGUAAGGGCUUUUCUGCAGAUAUAAUCACUGCCACCUUGUUUAUGGACCUUAUCAUACACUCUAAUAAAUCAAUCUUGCUCUGAAAUAUUUCACAAAUUGUGCAAAGAUCAUCACUUGCAAUGUGAAUCAGUUGUACAUAACCAUUGCACAGUGAUAAAAGAUUGUGGAAACUAGAAUGAGGUUUAGUGUCUAUUUUCAAUAUUAUUGAUUUUGUUCUGACGUGUGUAGCUUGUUGAUCAUGAUCUUAGCAACUUCUUGAUCUUUUUGGUGGUGAUGUUAAGAAAUUAGGGGAAAACCAAUAUUGCUUGUGAAUUUUGAAGCAGGGUCAUUUGUAUGAACAACUAAACAUGAGUUAGAGAAUAAAAGGAAUUGAAAUAAAUAUUAAGGUGAUUUAAUGGCAUUGAUCUACGUGUGUUGAGUAAGGGUUGAAUGUUUAUAUAAAGAAGGGUAGUUUAUUUCAGCCUAUCCCCAACAGUCCCUGUACUGUCCUUGCAAAAAAUGCUCCUCUGUGUAGCAGGUGGUGGAUUCAGCAGCCUGCUUAGGCCAAACGCAUUGGCUUCCCGGACAAUGUGAUGUAUCUUGACCUUCCUUUGCCGAUUCUAAAGAACUCGAAUUGUGCGAUAUACUCUACUUAGCAGCAGACUCAUCCAAUAUGAUGCAAACAGCAGCAACACUGUCGCUCACAAUCUCCACACGUCUAAAGCCUUGGAUCCAAAGAAGAUUCAAACCGUCCAAAAUGAGCCACAAUUCAGCUUCAAUAGCGAGCAACAUCCCAUUGUUCUAGUAUACUCCCACAACCACGAUCCAUUCCUGUGUGUCGAAAAAAAGCUGUGGCCGCAAUGUGGUAGUGAUCAGACGGUGGACGGCGAGAGAAUGCCAUGAACGAUAGUGACUAGAGUUAAGAAAAGAAAAAGAGAGAAGAAAAAAAGGGGACAAAGAUUCAACAGAUAGCAGCAAACUUAGUAGUGGCUAUAUGUUGGAGGAACAAAACGGUCGUAACUAAGAUAUGUCCAUUUCUUCUUUUCUCUUUUUUUUUCUUUUUUUCUUUUCUUCUUUUCUGCUGCCCUGCUAGGGCUAUGUAGCUGUUUAAAUGAUAGUUAACCCUUCAUUAAAUGUCAUGUCAUUUUUCCCUUACGUUUCUAACGGAAAAUAGUUGAAAAGACUAUUUUGUUAUGAAAAUUGAAUGACUGAAUUGAAACUAUUUUGACUAA